AUGUCUUCACUUCGUAACUCCGUUCAAAGACGAAACCACAAAGAACGAGCUCAACCCUACAAACGAGAACGCUACGGCAUUCUCGAAAAACACAAAGACUAUGUGCUUCGUGCAAGAGACUACCAUGCAAAACAAGAACGCCUCAAAAAGUUGCGCGAGAAAGCGUACUUUCGAAAUCCUGAUGAAUUUUAUUUUAAAAUGAUUAAUUCAAAGACAAAAGGAGGUGUUCAUGCAUCAGAAAGAAACGACGCCUUUUCUGGCGAUGUCAUCAAACUAUUAAAAUCUCAAGACUUGAAUUACAUUAAAACGCAACGAGAUAUUGGAAAAAAGAAAAUCGAAAAAUUACAAAAUCAACUUCAUUUUCUCGUGACAAAUGACGAUGAAGAUAAUGAGAGAGUAGAGAAUGAAGGAACAAAAAAUAUGAAAAAUUUUGAUCCGGCAAAACACUUUAAUACACUACCAGAACUGGUAAAUCGUAAAUUCAAUCGACCACGUAUUGAAAUGUUGGAAAAGCAAGUAUUAGUUUCGCCCGAAGAUAGUAAACAAUUGCAGAAAAUGCAAAACGAACGUAAUAGCAAAUACAAAGAACUGGUUGAUCGUCUUGAACGCGAAGAAAAGUUUGUUACCCUGGAACAGGAACUGAUUACGCAAAAAAACCUGAUAAGCAAAGGACGUCGAAAGAAAAUUGGAAUAGAUAAAAAUGGACUUGCAGUGUACAAAUGGAAGAAUGAUCGAAAGAAAUAA